AUGGCUGACAAAUUAACCAAAGAGGAAAUUGAAAAGCUUUUCAAAUCCUUCGAUACAAAUGGAAACGGCAAAUUAUCUUAUAAUGAAAUUGAAAGUGCUGCACUCAGAGCCUAUCCACAAUUCAAGGACAAAAAGAAGGUCAUAAUGCGAGCUUAUAAAGCUGCAGAUAAAUCCAAGGACGGUUACGUUGAAAUCGAAGAAUUUAGCUGUCUCCUUGAUUCUCUUAACCAUUAUUAUGAACUAUAUGAAAUUUUUCAAAAAGUUGAUAAAGAUAAGGAUGGACGCAUCAAUUUGGAUGAUUUCAAGUAUGGGAGUAAGUUUAUGAAAUUAAAUGGCCUUUCAGACAAUGAGCUUAAAGAAGAAUUCGACAAGAUAGAUGCGAAUAAGGGUGGUAUUAUUCUCUUUGAUGAG